GCCCCGCCACCCCCCCCACUUACAAGCAAUCCCUUCUCCCACAUAGACCUGGUUCCCAUGGCAACUCACCAACCUUCCAUCUGAGUGGUCUCACAGUGUUUGGCCGCAAGGAAUGACUGGCUAUGAUAAAUGGAGAUACAGCAUCAGAGCCGUUACAUGUUACUGUCUGAUGGCCUUCCAUCUUCUCUCUGCCCCCUCCCCCCCCUGCAUCUCCUUUCCGCCUCUUCACCCACACAUUUUGGCACUUUCUCCGCAUUUUCUUUUAUCUACCUCCCGCUCAUCAUCCUUUUUUUCACAUUAUUCACUGUCUCUUCUCCCAACUCUGCUGCUCCCGUCCUCCGUCCUUGUACAUCUUGUCUCCAUCUCUAUUCUCUCUCUCCUCUCUGCUGCCAUGUUGUGGCGGCGCAGCGACCUGCAGCCGCAGCUGGACAGAGUGAGGAGUUCCAGCACAACAUGUCUGAGACCAGACAACAACUUUCACUCCCCUGACAGAGACAGGUGUUCCUACCUCGGGAUGCUCCCCUUCCUUACCUCCCGCCCCUCUAGGUGCUCCAACUCUUUGCCCCGCAAGAUUCCCCCAAGCCCCAGGAUCUUAGUAGAACAUGUGAACCCUGAGGAGGACAGGCAAUGUAACAACUCAUCAGGUCAAAACUGUCAAAGGGGCAGCAAAAAAAGUCUGGAAGGGGACAGUCGUAUCCAGCCCACCUCUAUCCUGAGGGGUAGUAGGGGGAGAGGGGGCCCUCUGAGGCCCUUUGGUCAGACAGUCUUGUCUGGGUCCUGCCCAAACUCACCGCGGCUAGACAGACCACACCCUCACGGCAGCCCCUCCUCUCCUACGGGGACUCCCUCAUCAGGUCGCAGGGGCCGGCAGCUGCCUCAGCUCCCUGCCAAGAGCAGCAGCGUAGAGCAAGCCCUUGCAGUAGAGGAACGCGCCCGACAGCUGCAGAUGAAAGUACAUUCCUACCGGCCUUCAGCCUCCCACGACCCCGAGACGGACCUCAAGACCAAACGGGAGAUGUACGCAGAGCAGAGGCGCGGCAGCGACAACAUGUCAGCCCGGUCGUCAGACAGCGAUAUGAGCGAUGCGUCGGCCCUCUCCCGCGCCAGCAGUGCCUCCCGCCUCAGUAGCACCAGCUACAUGUCUAUCCAAUCAGAACGACCGGGGGGGCGACUCAGGUCAGUCCUCAUUAGUCAUAUGUUCAGUUUAGAUGUUAAGGGUGCUUUUAUUACAGUCCUUUUUAAAUAAGCCUAAAUGUUUGGGCUACAGGAGUAUUAAAGCUAUUGCAUGCUAAUCGCUGCGUGUC